AUGUCGGGCCAAGGCACAUCCAAAUCCAAGAAAAAGCACGGAAAUGAGAAUUCCUCUGGAUCUUCAUCAAGCGCACACAACCAAACAAGCAAGCGUGGCCAAGUAUACAACACGGCCAAUGUCGGUCUCGACGUAUUGGCAAACAUCGCCGAGGGAUCAGAUAUCCUCGCUCCUCUUAAAGCAGCUUGUAGAACAACACAAUCGAUCCUUGGAGUCGUCCAGGCGAUAGAAAACAAUCAACAAGAAUGGGUCGAUCUAAUACAACGUCUGAAAGAUUAUACAUCUGCGCUCGAGGAACGAAUCGUAUUGAUCGAGGCGUAUCCUGUAGAGGGCAGGGCCAUCGACAAGGCAGUCAGACAGCCGCUCGUUCACUACGUCGAAUUCCUCCAAACUAUGCAUGAUACGGUCAUCAAUCUUCAGGCCAAACGCGACCGCAAACUUGGCUUCUUUAAAUCAUUCAGCAAAAUGAAGAUUGACGCAGGGGAGAUCUUGAAACUCAAUCGAGAUAUCGAAGAACGGCAUAGGCACCUUAUAGAGGCCUUGGGAGUGUUCACCGCCGUGCAUGUUCAAGUCAUCGAGGAGAGUACCAAAGUCAUCGAGGAGAGUACCAAAGUCAUCGAGAAGAAUACCAAGGUCAUUGAAGAGAAUACCAAGGUUCUUCUAACAGACGCCGAUGCCUCUGCUAUGCUCCAACUACCAAUCGUCGCAUUCGCUGCGUCCUCAGUCCACAGGACCUGCCUGAAAGGAACGCGCGAAGCCGUUCUUCAAACCAUCUGGCGCUGGGCCAACGAUGAUACGUCAGAGAAGCCAAUAUUUUGGCUUUGUGACAUUGCCGGCUCUGGCAAAUCGACAGUCGCAAUGUCCGUGGCUGAGUCGUGGAGGGAGAAAGGAGUCCUAGGCGGUCGAUUCUUCUUCUCUAUAUCAAGCAGCGAAGCAUCGACCACAGAAAAAUUCUGCUCCACCAUCGCCAGAGACCUUGUUCACCAUAUCCCCGAACUGGCACCGGACGUGGCUGGUGCUGUGAAGCGGAACCUCUCCGUCAUGCGAAGCUCCCUUGACGAACAGUUCAAGACACUCAUCACGGAUCCGCUCCUUUGUCGUCAAGGGCGCGUUAUUCUUGUUAUUGACGCUCUUGAUGAAUGCAAAUCUACAUCACAACGACGAGAGCUUGUUGAAACUCUAUCUACGGCUGUUCAAGCAAACAAAAAUCUCACGAUAUUCAUGACAAGUCGCCCAGACCCUGUUAUCGACGCAGUCUUAGGGCCACUCUCCAUCAAAUCCAAGCUAGAGGACCGCCUGCACGAUGUCCGUCACAGCGAUAAUAUCGGUGACAUCACAAUCUAUGUACACCAAUCGCUAGAUGGAAUCCUGUCCAAAGAAAAGAGGCAGAAGCUGAUCGACAAGUCCAACGGGCUGUUCAUUUGGGCAAGCACUGCAUGUCGAGUGCUCAGUGAUUAUACCAGCUUGAUCCCGGCGGAAAGCACAUACAAUCGUCUAGUCUCGAUAGAUCAGGCUGGGGCCAUAGAUGAUCUGUAUAGCCUCAUCUUCGAGCGGGUAGCACCCGAGUAUCAUGCGGUCAUGUAUCAAAUGCUUGCUCUUCUACUCGCCGCAUUUGAACCUCUCACCGCCGACGACCUGGACGACAUCCUGAAGCAUGCUAGAGUAGAGGGAAGCGCAAGCGCGUUGGUGCGGAAUCUUGGAAGCGUACUCACAGAGGAUGGAGCCACAAAGCAAAUCCAAUUUCGUCAUCCAACUCUCGUUGAGUACCUUCGACGCUGCUCCAGUAACCCUACUGUCGAAGCGCACAAUAAGGUAUAUAUCGACAUGGCCAAUGCACAUGGUCGAGCGGCAUCAUGGUGUUUCAAGAGCCUCCAGUCACGAAGUGAAGGCCUGAAGUUUAAUAUAUGUCAACUUGAAUCAUCUUUCUAUCUAAAUAGGGAGAUUCCAAACUUGGACGCCAAGGUAUCAAAGUUCAUUUCCAGACGACUUCGGUAUGCCAGCUCUCAUUGGCCGUUUCAUGCGGCGGAAACCAACGACAAUUGGCGAUCAAUACUUAAAAAGGAACUUCAUAAUAUUAUACAAGUUCCACAUGUACUAUACUGGAUGGAGAUACUGAGCUUCAUUGGAGGUGUACCACGAGCAAUCACUGGCCUUCGGGCUAUUCCACGCCAGAGACUUGAAGAGGAGGUCCAAAACGGCAUAAACGAAAUCCAACGAUUCUUGAUGGCGUUUUCAGUGCCGAUUCAGGACAGCGCUCCACACAUCUACAUCUCUGCGCUUCCUUUUACUCCGACAAAGUCGAAUCUGCAUAUAGAGGGCCUCAAAAUGCAUAGGAAUACUCUGGAAGUAACUCGAGGGCUCGAAGCAACGUAUCCUGGGCUGCCUAUAGCUCUUCGAGGUCACCAAGACUCGGUCUACGCCGUCGGAUUCUCGCCAGAUGGCUCACGGAUCGUCUCUGGCUCGUCCGACAACACGAUUCGACUAUGGGAUGCAAACACUGGUCAGUCAUUGGGAGAGCCACUCCGAGGUCACCAACGCUCGGUCAACGCCGUCGGAUUCUCGCCAGAUGGCUCACGGAUCGUCUCUGGCUCGUCCGACAACACGAUUCGACUAUGGGAUGCAAACACUGGUCAGUCAUUGGGAGAGCCACUCCGAGGUCACCAAGGCUGGGUCAACGCCGUCGGAUUCUCGCCAGAUGGCUCACGGAUCGUCUCUGGCUCGUGGGACGAGACGAUUCGACUAUGGGAUGCAAACACUGGUCAGUCAUUGGGAGAGCCACUCCGAGGUCACCAAGGCUGGGUCAACGCCGUCGGAUUCUCGCCAGAUGGCUCACGGAUCGUCUCUGGCUCGUCCGACAAGACGAUUCGACUAUGGGAUGCAAACACUGGUCAGUCAUUGGGAGAGCCACUCCGAGGUCACCAAGGCUCGGUCUACGCCGUCGGAUUCUCGCCAGAUGGCUCACGGAUCGUCUCUGGCUCGUGGGACGAGACGAUUCGACUAUGGGAUGCAAACACUGGUCAGUCAUUGGGAGAGCCACUCCGAGGUCACCAAGGCUCGGUCAAGGCCGUCGGAUUCUCGCCAGAUGGCUCACGGAUCGUCUCUGGCUCGUCCGACAACACGAUUCGACUAUGGGAUGCAAACACUGGUCAGUCAUUGGGAGAGCCACUCCGAGGUCACCAAGGCGCGGUCAAGGCCGUCGGAUUCUCGCCAGAUGGCUCACGGAUCGUCUCUGGCUCGUCCGACAAGACGAUUCGACUAUGGGAUGCAAACACUGGUCAGUCAUUGGGAGAGCCACUCCGAGGUCACCAAGGCUCGGUCUGCGCCGUCGGAUUCUCGCCAGAUGGCUCACGGAUCGUCUCUGGCUCGUGGGACAAGACGAUUCGACUAUGGGAUGCAAACACUGGUCAGUCAUUGGGAGAGCCACUCCGAGGUCACCAAGGCUGGGUCUACGCCGUCGGAUUCUCGCCAGAUGGCUCACGGAUCGUCUCUGGCUCGUGGGACAAGACGAUUCGACUAUGGGAUGCAAACACUGGUCAGUCAUUGGGAGAGCCACUCCGAGGUCACCAAGGCUGGGUCAAUGCCGUCGGAUUCUCGCCAGAUGGCUCACGGAUCGUCUCUGGCUCGGAAGACAAGACGAUUCGACUAUGGGAUGCAAACACUGGUCAGUCAUUGGGAGAGCCACUCCGAGGUCACCAAGGCUCGGUCAACGCCGUCGGAUUCUCGCCAGAUGGCUCACGGAUCGUCUCUGGCUCGGAAGACAAGACGAUUCGACUAUGGGAUGCAAACACUGGUCAGUCAUUGGGAGAGCCACUCCGAGGUCACCAACGCUCGGUCAACGCCGUCGCGUUCUCGCCAGAUGGCUCAUGGAUCGUCUCUGGCUCGUACGACUACACGAUUCGACUAUGGGAUGCAAACACUGGUCGGUCAUUGGGAGAGCCACUCCGAGGACACCAAGGCUCGAUGGCUCACGGAUCGUCUCUGGCUCGUCCGACGACGAUUCGACUAUGGGAUGCAAACACUGGUCAGUCAUUGGGAGAGCCACUCCGACGUCACCAUGGCCUGGUCACCGCCGUCGGAUUCUCGCCAGGUGGCACACGAAUCAUCUCUGGCUCUCAGGACAUGACAAUCCAAGUGUGGAAUAACGACACCGAUGCCGAUGGGGAUAGCCUUGGCCAGGACUACAGAGAACUACCAGGAGGCUCUUACUUGGGAAUCGCUAUCCCUGGAUUUAUGCAGUGCUCUCUUUCGCAGGAUGGGUGGGUGUUAUCUUCCGGCAAACGUCUCUUCUGGGUAGUGUCCAUUACAGGCCGUGCAGCUCGCCUGACACAAUUGACCUUGGUCAUGACCACGACCCAGUGGCAAACUAUCCGACCGUUUCUGGACCGGAUAUCCAUACAAGUCAAGGAUUUAACAUCCAUAUCUGCCUCUUUUGUCCUCGCGGCUGCAAAUGCAAACGACGACGAUGUCGAUAGGCAAUUGGCCUCUUUGCAGCUCGAGGGCGACUCACCUAGCCCGUGCCAGCGGUCGAUUUCAGAGGUGUUGGCUCGAGGAUAUACCGUAAAGGUCAAUGGGAACAGCUGGAAUACGUAUAUUCUCCAUGUUGAAGACGAUGGAUCAGAGGCAGUCAUGAUUCUGUACGGAUUGCGGCCAGGAAGGCAGUAUGAAGUAGAUCUCACGAUUGAGCAAGGGGAAGACUCUCUGUGCAGAGAUUUUGUAACUCUGGACGACUCAGUAUCACCAGCCGCACAAAGCGAGCCCGAACUGGAGGAGACUCAUGCAGAUGUAUCCAUCUCGUCCACAGAUAUUGUUCCAUCGCGGGAUCUGACACCGCCCGUGACCCCCGAGUCUGCGUCUCCCCCCAGGAGGAUUACCAUCGAAGAGGAGCGAGCACGAUUGCAACUCGCCAAGACGUCGAUAUCUCAGGAGCACGAAUCUCUGUCCGCCCAACUCAAAAUGGCGCGAAAAGAGUCGCAGAAGACGGAAAACACGACGCGGGCAGAAAUAGAAGCACUGAAAAAGGCAGCGGAGAAGCAAGUUAUUACAGAUCAGCGUGCAAAGCAGCGAGUGCUUGCACUACAAGAAGCAGUCAAGCAGACACUCUCGGCCACCGUCGAGGUGGAAGCGCAGGCCCAGGAAGUUGAAGAAUCGUUACCUCGUGUUCGCGAUGAAGAAUCAACCGUCGAAGCAGAACAUACCCAAGUGCAGGAUCUUCUGAAUCAAAGGGAGGCAGAGAUCGACCAAGUACUUCGUGCGGAUAAGAAGCGAAUCGCCGACCUGCAAUCCGAGCUCACUACUGCCACAAACCGAGCUGAAAAACUUGCCGCCAAGCGCGACAAGCUUUCCAAGGAGACGAUUCCAGACCUCGAAAAGCAGCUGGCUGAGGUGCGAAAGGAGAUUGAAGAGGCAGAACUGGAGAACGAGCGUCUCUCCCAAAUUUUGAUACCGGAGGAUACUGGUGCACCUUCUGAUGUGCGGAAUGUCCUCCAGCAAGGUGCAAAUGGAAGAACAGGUCCACGCCGUAGUGGACCACCAGCCUUUGGCGUGCCCCAACCGGCACCUCAAUUCUCACCAAUCAACGCUGGAGCGGUUCCGUUCUAUCCUUCGCGUCAGCCUGGAGUCAUUUUGCGUGGCCCGCCACAACCACCACAGCCGACUCGACCAGGCAACGACUUUCGACCAUUUGAUGCGCCAAUCCCUCAUGGCGAUAUUCCUGGAGGCACCUCGUUUGCUCCUUUUCCUCCGCCGAUCAAUAGACCUGCACGAGAGAGCCAGUGA